AUGGCCUCCCAAAACCGCGACCCAGCCGCAGUCAGUGUCGUAGCCGCCCGAAAAGGAGCCGAGCCCAGCGGGGGCGCAGCCCAGGGUUCCGUGGGCAAGAGGCUACAACAGGAGCUGAUGACCCUCAUGAUGUCUGGCGACAAAGGAAUCUCUGCCUUUCCGGAAUCAGACAACCUUUUCAAGUGGAUAGGGACCAUCCACGGAGCAGCUGGUACAGUCUAUGAAGACCUGAGGUAUAAGCUCUCCCUGGAGUUCCCCAGUGGCUACCCUUACAAUGCGCCCACAGUGAAGUUCCUCACCCCCUGCUACCACCCCAACGUGGACACUCAGAGUAACAUCUGCCUGGACAUCCUGAAGGACAAGUGGUCUGCCCUGUAUGACGUCAGGACGAUUCUCCUCUCCAUCCAGAGCCUGCUGGGAGAGCCCAACAUCGACAGCCCUUUGAACACACACGCUGCUGAACUCUGGGAAAACCCAACAGCCUUUAAGCAAUACCUGCAGGAAACCUACUCAAAGCAAGUCUCCAGCCAAGAGCCCUGA